AUGAGUGUGCAUCCCGCAGCUCCUGGCCACCAAUUGGCCACGGGCGUUAAAGAUAAAAACGAAGUCCAGCAGAUCGACCGCGCCGAGAGCAGAGGGCAAGAUGAGAUCAUAAAGCCGUCUUACUUGAAUGUCGAUGAGUUUGGAGCUCAUGAUAAAGUUGACCCCAAGGAGAUUGCCUUGGUUCGAAAGAUUGAUAUUUUCUGUCUCCCGGUUCUUUGGCUCAUGUACUUUUUCAACUUCCUCGACCGAAAUGCAAUCGCCAAUGGGAAGCUCAAUGGCUUAGCCGAAGAUCUUAACCUCAAAGGGACCCAGUUCAAUACCUGCGUUUCUAUUUUGUUUGUCGGAUAUCUGUGUGGGCAGAUUCCAUCCAACAUGAUUCUGAGUAGAGUCCGGCCCUCCAUAUACAUGUCUGGCUUUAUGGUUACUUGGUCAAUUGUCACACUGCUCAGUUACAAGGCUUACAAUUUCGAAACUUUGCUUGUUUGCCGUUUUCUCCUCGGAAUCGUCGAAGCCCCAUUUUAUCCCGGUGCAGUGUACAUCAUGAGCAUGCUGUAUACGCGAAAGGAGAUUGCCUCUCGGAUGUCAAUCUUCUACACCGGUAACAUCUGUGCAAGCGCUUUCUCGGGCCUUAUUGCUGCUGGUGUAUUCGGCAUGGAUGGUAAAAUGGGCCUUGCCGGCUGGCGUUGGCUGUUUAUUAUCCAAGGCGCUCUCUCUUUGGCCGUGGCACUUCCGUCUUUCUACUUGCUCCCCGACAGUCCUUUGCAAACUCGAUGGCUUUCUCAGGAGCAGCGCGAACUCGCUUACAACCGCAUCCGAAUCGACACAACGAACUUUACAGAGGAACCGACGUCGGUGUGGUCUGGACUCAAGCAAGCUGCGAGUGAUUGGCGCACCUGGGUCUUUUGUCUCAUGGCCAAUCUGCAUUUUAUGACCAACGGCUUCAAGAACUUCCUUCCAACCGUCGUCAAUACAUUUGGGUUUAGCACUACGGCAACCAUGGGUCUGACUUGUCCUCCGUACAUCCUCUCCGGUGCCGUUACAGUUCUUGUCUCAUGGAGUUCGGGUCGCCAAAAUGAGCGAACCUGGCACAUCAUUGGCUGCAAGCUUGCAGCCAUCGUUGGCUUCACGUUGAGCGUCGCAACACUUAACAUUCCAGCUCGUUACUGCGGCAUCAUGGUUUUUGUCGGUGCAACCUAUGGGGUUAAUAACUUGAUCGUCAGUUGGGCUUCCAACGUUCUCGGUGAGUCGAACGAGAAGCGCGCCGUUGCUAUCACCAUGACGAAUACGUUUGGAAACCUAGCUUCCGUAUAUAGCCCUUACCUUUGGCCUGACGCGGAUGCGCCACGAUUCAUCAAGGCUAUGGUGUCUAGCAUCGCCUUUUGCCUUGCCGUUAUUGUUUGCGCUUUGGGCUUGAAGUGGCGGCUGAGGAGGCUGAAUAAGAAGAUGCGAGAGGAGAACCCCAACACCGAGAAUUACUUUGUAUAUUAG